AGCCUCCCCCCUUCGCCGCUCCACGGAGAGGGAGGGAGAGAGAGAGAGAGAGAGAGGCGACGGCAUGGCAGAACUGGAGGCUGGACUCGCCGGCGAGCUGGAUGAGGUGGGGAAGAUCAUGAAACAGAUCACGUCUGAGGACGAGGCGUGCAGGAUCUCAGCGGCCACGGAGAUCAGGCGGCUGACAAAGACGUCGUCCAGGAACCGGAGGCAGCUUUCCGGCGCCGUCGCGCCCCUUGUGUCGAUGCUUCGGUCUCUAAACUCGGACUCCGGCGAAGCCUCCAUCCUCGCCCUCGUGAAUCUCGCCGUCAAAGACGAAAGAAACAAAACCAAGAUUGUCGAAGCCGGAGCACUCGUUCCCCUUGUUCACUUCUUGCAAUCAUCGAAUUCUACUUUGCAGGAGUACGCCACUGCAGCACUCCUCACCCUCUCGGCUUCCCUCCCCAACAGGCCUACUAUCAGCACCUCCGGCGCUCUCCCCCUCCUCAUCAAAAUCCUCGUGGAUGGAAAUCCACAAGCUAAGAUUGAUGCUCUCACGGCACUCUACAAUCUCUCGACGAUCCCUGAGAACCUCACCGUCAUUCUUCCCCUGCACCCUGUUCCGACAUUGUUAUGUCUGCUCAGGAACUGCAGAAAGUCGUCCAAGAUCACCGAGAAGUGCAGCGCGCUCUUGGAAUUGCUGGUGAAUUUCGAGGAAGGAAGGGCUGCUUUGACAGCUGCAGAAGGCGGCGUUCUCACCAUCGUGGAGGUGCUAGAAGAAGGCUCGCUUCGGAGUCGAGAACAUGCAGUAGGAGCCCUCCUCGCGCUGUGCGAGAGCGAUCACAACAGGUACAGAGACGUCAUACUCCAAGAAGGUGCAAUUCCUGGUCUUCUUCAGCUCACCAUUCAGGGAACCCCAAAGUCUCGAGUGAAAGCUCACUUGCUGCUUCAGCUACUGCGAAGCUCGCGGUGUAAAAGAUCAGAGUUGCAGACGGGCACUCUCGAUAGCAUUGUCUGCAACAUAGUGUCCAACAUGGAUGGCGAUGAGCAGAUGGGAAAAGCAAAGAAGAUGUUGGCAGACAUGAUAGAGGUGAGCAUGGAGCAGAGCUUGAGGCAUUUGCAGCAGCGGGCUUUUGUGGGCAGGACUCAAAAUGGACCGCCCUCAUGUUGACCAUCUUCCAAGUGAUUCUUCUUCUUCUUCUCGUUGCAGUUGUGCUUUCUUACAAAUGAGAGAUUUGGCAUGCCAGUCCUGGCCAGUGCUGCUGGUAUCGGGUGACCGGUGAAAUGUUGAUAUGAUAGUUCGGUGGAUGUCUUCUCAGUGCAUGAGAUUGAAAAAAAAAUAAAACUAUGAGUAGUCUCUGUCGAUGAGAACGAAUAAGAUAUCUUCAAAUUACUUUUC